AAAUCUAUACAGGAUGGCCUAAGAGCAGCCGAAUGUAUGGAGGUGUCCAGUAAUGAACUAAACGACAUAACAGAACCCGCUGAAGCCCCUCAUGGACAGGCAUCAGUAUCAUUCACAACUAAUAUCAUUGCAAACGUAAUGGAAACAACUACACACGAAAAUGUAGAUAACAUUACUGUACAUAGUGAACCCACAGAGCGGUUCGCUAAAUUAACACAAUCUAUGUUCGAUAUGUAUGAAGAAUCUAUGCCACUCGUACGAGAAGAUGCUGAAACACUUGCACACACAACUCCAAUUUUCGUCACCACAUUCGAAACAUGUACAGAUGAGAAACAAACAUUCAUCAAAUCCAAGAACAAGAAACUCAUUAAAUCACAAGGUAUGAUUGUGGAGGAAAUCUUGAGCGACGAAGACGUCACUCCGAUUCCUCCAUCCCUGCCAGCUGUUCACAUCGAAGAAGUUGACGAACAUCUUUUCCCUGAAGACGCUUCAACACCGUACAGAAUACAAACAGAACCCGAAGAAACAGCCAUGAUCAGUCAAGAGCCAGUAUCCAAACAUAAACUGUCUAAGAAAAAACAAUUACACACACUCAUACAAGAACAAGUUGAAGAUCUUCCUUUGGAGGAAAUUGAAACAAUUCCAUCAGUCGAACAAGAAAUUGCAGAAGCUUUGACAGAAAAGUCGAAGCGUAGGGUCAUCAAAAAGAAAAGGGUUGAUACUAGGGUGGCAGGUGAUGAAACCGUAACCACAGAAAAAGAAUCGGUCGAGCCUUUACAGAUUGAAACGAUUACAGAAGUUACUGGAAUUGAAAGUCAAGUUCCAACAAUACUUCAGGAACAUGAGCUAUCACAAGUACCAGUAGUGGAAAGCAUGCCGGAAGAUGUACAAGUCAUUGAACGAAUAUCAGAAGACGGCGAAAGAAAAACAUCAGUAAUCAAAAAACGUAUAAUCAAGAAAAAAUCAGUUGGAAGAGAAGAGUUGAUUGAAAUAAAAACUAUUCAGGAAGACAACAAGGCUCCUGAAACGACCAUAACAAUUACAGAGGAAGAUGUAUCUACAGAACCAAGUGUUCUAGAAGAUAAACCAAGACCAAAGCGAAAGAAGGUUACGAAAAUUAAACCAAAGGAUGACACAGAUGAGAUUAUCGAACGACUCUUAAACUUGGAAGUGAAAAAAACGGAAUUGGAGCAAUACGAGAAAGUGGAAGUGGAAUUCGGAAGGAAGCCGAUGAAAUUGGAAACAGUUGCAGUAGAGGAACAUCCAGAAGUGGAAGAAAAGGUGCAAACAGUGGAAGGAGAAGUAACAAGACAGGUGGUUAAAAAGAAGGUUAUAAAGAGAAGGUUGGGUCCAAAAUUGGAAGUCACUGAAAUUGUUACAACGCAGCAAGAUGGCAAAGAACCUGAAAUAACUGAAACUAUCAGUGAAGAAAUAAUAGCUGAGCCCUUUGAAGCAGAGCAGUUUGUCGAAACUCCUUCUUGGGAGGAAGAAAUCCCAGAACAAGUUGAUGUAAAACAGACGAUUUCAGAAACAGGAGAUGUCAUGACUGAAGUUUUCAAAAAGAAAGUGUUGAAGAAGAAGGUUAAGAUGUUGAAACCAGAGCCAGUCGAGAUGCCAGAAGAGGAAGUUGACGAGUUGCUUAUAAUUCCUGCUCAACCAGAACAAAUCAUGAUUGAAGAACUUCCAGAAAAGAUUCAAGUUGUUGAGACCAUAACAACUGAAGGUAAACCAAAAAAGCAUAUUACGAAAACAAAGGUAAUCAAGAAAAGAACUGGUGACAAGGUAGAAGAAGUUCAAGUGGUGACAGUUCAAGAGGAUGAUAAACCAGCGGAAACUACAAUUACGUUGUUAGAGGAAGCAGUUCAGGAACCCGUUGGUCCUGAUGCACUUCAAACGGAUAAACCAAAGCCAAAGAAAAAGAAGAUUAAAACAAUUAAGAAAACGGGUGAUGAUACAGAUGACAUAAUUGAAAAGCUCUUGAAUCUGGAGGUGAAGAAAACCGAAUUGGAAACUUACGAAAAGAUUGACAUUGAGCCAACGCGAAAAACGAAGCAGGUCGAAGAGGUUAUUCUGGAACCGGUGCAAACUGAACCUCAAAACAAAGAACAAAUGCAAAUGGUGAUCCAGGAAAUGCCUGAACAAAUGGAAAUUAUUGAAACUUUAACCGAUGAAGGUAAACCACGAAAGCAAGUGAAGAAAACUAAAGUCAUUAAGAAGAAAAUCGGUGACACUGUGGAAGAAGUUUUGAUCACUACUGUACAAGAACACGAUAAGCCUGCGGAAACAACGAUAACAGUUGUUGAGGAAGUAGCCGAGUCUGCUCCUACUGAAGAGGAUAUUCAUCCACAAGAGAAACCUAAAAUCAAGAAAAAGAAAAUCAAGACGGUAAAAAAGACAACAGAUGAUAUGGAUGACAUAAUUGAACGAUUACUCAAUUUGGAGGUUAGAAAGACAGAACUUGAAAAAUACGAACGAGUUGAUGUAGAAUUCAAACCAAGAUCAAGAAAAGUGGAGGAAACAUGCGUUGAAGAGUUUCCUGAAACUGUAACAAUUGAUACCGCUGAGGAUGGCUCUGAAUUGAAGAAAGUGACUAAACGAAAGCUGAUUAAGAAAAAGAUUGGUAAGAAGGAACAAACAACAGAGCUAGUAACUGUAAAAACGGAUGACUCUGAACCGACAACUACAGUCACUAUAACUGAGGAGGAUCUUCCUUACGAACAACCUGAAGAGUUCAUUGUAGAACAAAUACCAGCAGAAACUGCCGUUGUAGAAGAGCUUCCAGAAGAAAUCAUGGUAACGGAAAUAAGCACAGAGGUAGGAAAACCGCGAAAACAAAUCACCAAAAAGCGAACAUUGAAGAAACGAACUGCGGACAAAGAAGAGCUGGUAGAGGUUGUCACCGUACAGGAGGAUGACAAAGAGCCAGAGACUACAGUUACCAUAACGGAAACGGAACCCGAAGCAGAAGAACCGAUGACUGUUGAACUGUUAACAGUUGAACAAAUACCGUCCGACAAGAAACCGAUCGCGAAGCCAAAGCCAAAAAAGAAGAAAGUAAAAACAAUAAAAACUUCAGAGGCAGCAGAUGACAUCAUAGAAAAGCUGCUCAACUUAGAAGUGAAGAAAACUGAACUAGAGAAGUACGAACGCAUUGAUGUAGAGUUCAAGAAAAAACCAACACUUACCAGAGAAAUUUCUAUCGAGCAACCAACAGCGAGUGUAGCUGAGGUUAUAGAACUCGAAAUAACAAAAGCUAAAGUAAAAACAGUUAGAAAACCAAAAGAGAGUAAAAUCGAUAAAGUUGAGGAAACUGUUGAAUCGAUGCCUUCUCAGUUUGCUGUUGAAGAACCUCAACAAAAAGUGGAUAAAGAAAUAGAAUUCACUGAAACGAUCAUACCGCGAGUUGUUGAGGAAAUGCAAGACGACAAAACAUUACCCGAUGGUACAAAACAGGUCACAAUAAGCCCAAAGAUUGUCAAGAAAAAGAUCUCUAAGGGCAAAAAAGAGCUAAAGGAAGAAAAAGCAGAAGAACAGGAACCAUCUAUUCCGUCGAUUGUUGAAUUUGAGGACAUUGUUUCGACUGAUGAGCUACCAGCAGAACAAGUUAGAGAGUUUGUUUUCGUGAAGCCAGAGCAACAAGAAGCAAUCAUCGAAGAAUACUCCUUCGAAACACAAACUUACGAGGAGAAAUCUCUAAAACAAGUACAACGGUUGCAAAAAGAUCAUACUGAACAAGAGGAAAGAACUGAAAUCAAAAAGACUCCUAAGAAAAUAAAAAAGAAGAUCAAGAAAUCUGGUCCAUCAGAAGAAGAUGAAGCAUUAGAACGACUACUCAACUUAGAAGUGGAGAAAACACAGCUGGAGGAAUAUGAAAAAAUAGAACUGGAAGCCAAACCUAAGCUUGAAAAGCCCAAACCUAAACUAGAACCAAUACGAAUUGAGCGAAAAGAACAGAAGGCUACUAAGCUGCAGAUAACUGAAACAGAAGACCAGCCACAAAUGAUAAAACUAAAGAAAGUCAAAGUACCCGGCAAAAAAGAAAUUGAAGAGGUGGUCGUACCAAAAGUACUUCUGAAGAGCAGAAUGAUGAUGGUUCAAUAUCCCCCAGCUGUUCAGUACCCUCAAAUAAGCACAAUUGUCACUAAGAAGGGCAUUGGGGAGCUUGCAAGGGUUAAUGAAGAAGAAGAGAAAAUUAAAUUGAAGAAAAUCAAGAAGAUAAAAACUACCAAACGCGAUAAGCUGGAGUUGGAGCAGGUUGAUCUUCCAGAGUAUGAGGAGGAAGUAUCGGAGGAAGAACAAAAACCCGAAGAGAAGGAAAAAUAUCAAAGGAAACAAAAAGAAAAGGUCGACGAAGAACCACAAGUCAAGACGUUGAAGCUAGGAAAAGGCAUAGUUAAAAAAGAUGAACCGGUUGAAGAAACGAUAACGCUUAAGAAAACGCCAAAGAAACCUAAGGAAGAUGUUGAAGCAGAAACGACAUCAGUCAAGAAACCUAAGCAGAAACCAGAAUUAAUUGAACAUGAUAAAGAACAUAAACAUGUACAAAAACCAACCUUUAGUCCCACAGAAAUACCAGAUGUUGAAGUUGAGCUAGAAGAAUAUCGGCAACCUUCGCCUGUUCCAGAUGUUCCUGAAGAGGAAACGCCUCAUAAAAAGAAACGUUCAAAGAAACCGAAGGAACCCAAAGAAGAUGAAGUACCAGAAAGACCUUUGAUAAUGGGUAAAGGUAAGAAACCCGAGGAAAUACCCGAAGAAGAUGUGAAAUUUAGAAAACCCUCUCCAAAGAAGCCUGAAGAAGAAGCUGAUCAGAUCAAACUCAAGCCAAUUCCAAAGCCGGAAGCAGAUACUGAAGUGAAAGAAAAACAUGCCGAUAGAGAUCUAGGACUUUCUGAACCGGUGCAGAAACCGGAUCAACCCGAAGAGGAAAUGAUCACCAUUGUAACGAAGAAGAAGAAGAUUUUGAAGAAAAAAUCAUCAAAAGAAAUGUCAGAUAAGGAACCUACUGAAGAAGCUGUUUAUGAGGAACUUCCCCUUCAGACUGCAGAAGAUGAAGAAAUUUUAGAAGAAACGCCUAACACUGUGAAGCUUACUGAAGAACAUGUUGUUGAGUGGGAAAAACCACUAGAAAUAUCAGAAGAACCUAAAUCACAGGCGACUGUUGAACAGUUGCCAGACCAGGUAGAAAUGAAGGAAAUAAUAACUGCAGAAGGGGAACAUCAGAAGCAAGUAAUCACUAAGAAAGUAAUAAAAAGGAAACGACAAGACAAAGAAGAGGUUAUUGAGGUCGUUACCGUUCAAACUGGUGAUAAGGCUCCUGAGACAACAGUUACAGUUUGUGAAAGCUCCCCAGAAGAAUCAACCCCUCAGAUGCCUACAAAAUCCAAGGUCCGCGUUAAGAAGGUUAAGGUUUCAAGUAAAAACGACGACCUAGAUGAAAUUGUCCAAAGACUGCUGGAUCAAGAAAUAACCAAAACCGAAUUAGAGCAAUAUGAAAAGUUCGACUUUGAAGCAACAAGAAAACCAAAACCAGAACAGCAACAACAGGUUGAAAUUGUUCAGAAACCAAUCGUCAAAAAGUCAAAACAAAAAGAAAUCAAGCAACACGAAACCCUUUCAUUACAAGAAACACCAACAGAUAUAUCAGAUACUCUAGAACCCACGCCAAUCGAGGCACAAACACCCGACACACUAUACACAACUAUUAUCGAAGAAAAGCCGAGAAUCAGUGCCGAUACAAUCGAACUGAAGGAAGAUGUGUUUGAAACGACAGACUUCGUAGCGGAACGACCUGCCACCGAGGAGUUAUCGCCAGUUGAGAUCCAGGAUGUCACUGUACAACCUGUGGUACAGAAGAAACCCUUAUUGGAAGCUGCACCGAAGGAAGAAGCCUUUGAGCAACAUAUCGAGGAAGUAACUGAGGUUUCUAUGGCCCCUCGUGAUGAGGUACAGAUUUCUGCCACCGAUAUUCUGUCGAGAGCAACCGAGAAGCCUUUGGUCAGUAAGGCCAUGCUAGAAGCUGCACCAAAGGAAGACACAUUCGAACAGCAUGUCGAGGAAGUAUCUGAAGUUUCGAUUGCCGAUCGUGAUGUGGUACAGAUUACUGCUACAGAUAUUCCGUUGGAAGCUAUUGAAAGGCCCAUGGUGAGCAAAGCACUGCUGGAAGCUGCUGCAAAGCAAGAAGCAUUUGAACAACUUGUUGAGGAAGUAUCGGAGGUAUCAAUUGAAUCUCGUGAUGUAGUACAGAUCGAUGUCACUGACAUUCCAUCGAAAGCUAUCGAAAAGCCCAUGGUAAGCAAGGUAAUACUGGAAGCAGCACCAAAGGAAGAAGCAUUCGAGCAAACUGUAGAGGAAGUAUCUGAAGUUUCGAUUGCUGCUCUUGAUGUGGUACAGAUUGCUGCCACAGAUAUUCCAUCGAAAGCUAUCGAGAAGCCCAAAGUGAGCAAAGCAGUGUUGGAAGCUGCUCCAAAGGAAGAAGCAUUCGAGCAACUUGUCGAGGAAGUAUCUGAGGUUGCAAUCGCUCCUCGGGAUGUGGUACAGAUUGCUGCCACCGAUAUACCAUCGGAAGCUAUCGAAAAACCUUUAGUCAGCAAAGCUGUUCUAGAAGCUGCACCAAAAGAAGAGGCCUUCGAGCAACCUUUGGAAGAAACUACCACCGUCCCUGAACUUUCCAUGGAUAAACUUGAACUGCAAGCAGUUGAAGUGCCUGAUCUUAUCACUGAGAAACCAAAAAUUCGCAGGAAACCUCUCUUGGAGGCAGUCCCGAAGGAAGAACUAUUGGAGCAACUAGCAGAAGAAACUUCUGAUGCUACUACAAUUCAAAUGGAACAAGUUCAGCUAUCCGCCACAGAUAUUCCUCAUGCUGCAGUAGAGAAGCCAAAGGUUCAAGCCAAACCGACAUUGACAGCUGCCGCCAAACAAGAGUUACUGGAGCAAGAAACCGAAGAAACGGACAAUGUUCCAUCACUAUCCUUGGAUGAAAUGCUUCCUCAGGCAGUGGAUGUAACCGAUCAAGCCACUGAGAAACCCUACAUUCACGGAAAGCCAUUGCUUGAAGCGGCUCCAAUCGAAGAACAGCUGGAUCUUAGUAUUGAAGAAGCAGAUACAGUUACUUCUCUCUCGUUGGAUGAAGUACAAGUUGCUCCUACUGAUAUACCCGACGAGGCAACCAAAAAACCGAAAAUUCAAGAGAAACCAACCUUAGCUGCUGCUCCAGCAGAAUCUUUGCUCGAGCAGAAAACAGAGGAAACUGAAAUAGCUCCAUCUCUAUCGUUGGAUGGAGUUAAGGUGUCUCCAAUUGAAGAAUCUCUUGCUGCUCCGGCUGAGCAAGUCCAGAUUACUCAACAGGUUGACGUACAAGUUGCUCCAGAACCAACAAAGAAGGCCAAGACCAAAGUUACCAAGGUCACCAAGAAAACCAAGAAAUCCAUUGAUGACGACGAAGAACUGCAACGUUUGCUGAAUCUGGAAAUCGAGAAAACGGAACUCGAGAUAUAUGAAAAGGUUGAUCUGGAAGCCAAGGAGAAGAUCAAACCAGAAAAGGGUGAGCUAGUCAAACUAGAACCUAUCAAAAUAGAACGAAAAGAACAAAAACCAACCAAACUUGAAAUCACAGACACACCUGAACCACAAACAGUCAAAUUGCGUAAGACCGUCAUACCAGAAAAGAAAGAGAUCGAAGAGGUCACUGUUCCGAAAGUAUUACUGAAGAGUAGAGUCGUACAGGUUGAAUAUCCACCGGAGGCACAAAAGCCGAAAAUCGUCCAAUUGGAAACCAAGCAAGGCGUUGGCGAACUCUCUAGGAUCGAAGAGGAGGAGGAUGAACGUAAAGUAAAGAAAAUCAAGAAGGUCAAGGUAAUAAAGAAAGAAAAACCCGAACUAGAAGUGCUGGAUAUCGAAAAAUUCGAAAAAGAACCAACAGUGCAGGAAGAGAAGGAAGAAGAAAAGCCCAAAUACCAACGACAGAUUAAAGAAAAACCCGUUGAAGAAACUGAAGAGAGAACUCUUGUUCUGGGCAAAGGUAAGCUUAAGAAAGAGGAAGACGAAAUCGAAGAAGUCAAACUGAAGAAAACACCAGUCAGACCGAAGGAGGAAGAGGAAGUAGAAGCAGUUAUAAAGAAAAAGAAAGAAGAAAAACCGACUGAAGAUGAAAUAAUUAAAAAACAGAAGCAUGUUGAAAAACCUACCUUUACUCCUACUGAUAUUCCGGAUGUUGAAACAGAACUGGAACCAUACGAAAAACCUGUUCCAGAACCAAAAGAAAAACCAGUGAAAGAACCGAAAAAACCCAAGGUUCCCAAAGAGCCAAAGGUCCCAGAAGUUCCUGAGGAACCAGAGCACAAAAUUGUCCUCGGCAAAGGCAAGUUACCUGAGCCAGAACCAGAACCGGAGGUUAAAUUCCGCAUCCCUGUUGGUAAGAAACCAGAAGAAGAACUGGAAGAAAUAAAACUUAAGCCUUUCAAGAAACCUUCACCAGAAAAAGAACCCACAGAAAGAGAUGCCGACCGGGAUAUGGCUCUUCCAAAACCAAAGGAAUAUCCGGAAGAACCUGAUGCUGAAAUCACAAUCAAAAAGAAAAAAAGGAAGGUUCCAAAGGAACCAGAAGCUCCUACACCGGUUGAAGAAAUUCCGGAGCCUUCACCUGUACCAGAAGAACCCACUAAGCCGGCUGAAGUGCCACAGGAAGAACCUGAAAUUGAAAAACCAGCCCGUAUAGAGGAGGUUACAAAACCAAAAGAACUUCAACUUGAACAACCGAGUGAGAUGGUUACUCCAAAGGUAGUGGAGGAAACUACUGAGGACAUCAUGGCUCCAGUUGUUGUCGCUGAAAAACCUAAAGAAAUUGAAACAGAGCCUCUUCAAGAGCCCGAGGUAACACAACCCGAAGUGCGCGAAGUCAAAGAAGAGAAGAAAAAGAUAAUAAAGAAGGUUAAGAAACCUAAAGCUAAACCUGAUGAAGAUGAAGAACUGCAACGGUUGCUCAAUCUGGAAGUGGAAAAGACUCCACUGGAACAGUAUGAGAAGGUUGAACUGGAACCGAAGGAAAAAGAGAAGCCAGCACCGGAGAUUAAGCCAGUUGAAGUUCCAAAACCUCAGGAAGAAGUUAUUGAGCCAGAGCCAAAGCCGGAACCAGUGGUCCAAAAGGCGAAAAUCGUGGAACAAGAACCAAUCCCCGAGCACGUGACUGCAGACACAGCCGUAGAGGAGCCCGUAGUAGAAGAAAUCGUGCCAAGUGAAGUCAAGGUUGAGCUAGCAAGCGUGGAGGAAGAGAUGCCUAUUGAAGUCAUACAAGAUAUUCCAGCACCAGUUGUCGAAGAACAACCGGUGGAACCAGAAAAACCUGUCAAGAAACCGAAAGAGAAGAAGGUUAUAAAGACAGUUGUGAAGAAACCGAAGAAGGCAUCCUUGGAGGACGAUGAGCAACUCCAAAAACUGCUUAAUCUUGAAAUCGAAAAAACGGAGUUGGAGAAAUAUGAAAAAGUAGACAUUGAAAUUGUCAAAAAACCAAAGACGGUUGAGGAAAUAGUUGUUGAACAAAAACCAGAGGAACCUAAAGUAGAAGAUGUUCCGGAAGAGGUAGUAUUCAAGCCUAAGCCCAAAGAUCGAGUAAUCAAACCGGUUGAAGAGGAAGUGGAAGUAGACUUCAAACUGAAAAGAAAGCCUCGUUUGCCAGAACAACCACAGGAGAUCGAAGAGAGCAUAACGCUUAAGCCAACUCCUCAGAAAUCUGAAGAACCAGUUAGCGUGGAACGAAUUAUUAAAAUAGAAGUGGAACGUCCAGAACCGGUUGUCAUUGAAGAAGCUGAUGAAAUAACAAUUCAGAGGGAGGAGGACAUCGAAACCGUGGAACCUCUGGUGGAAGAACCUGCCGACGAGUUUAUCGUUCCCGAAGAGGUUGUGCCGAUCCAACCAAUCCAAGAAGAAAUCUCUGUAGCACAGCCAUUGAUUGAAGAUGCUGUGCUUGAGCUACCUUCAGAAGAAACUCCUGAAGUUGUUGAAUCGGUCCCUAUCCAACCAAUCGUAGAAGAACCAACUCCGGUUGUACCAUUGCGUAAGGUGUCCCUCAAACCUGUACCUAAACCAGUUGUGGAAGAAGAGAAACCGAAGGAAAAGCCUAAGAAAAAGACCGUGGUGGUCAAAAAGAAAAAGGCAAGCUUGGACGAUGAUGCCGAGCUCCAACGGUUGUUAAAUCUUGAAGUCGAAAAGACAGAACUGGAACAGUACGAAAAGGUUGACGUUGAUUUCAAAAAACGAGAAAAGUUGAAAAUCACCCAGCAACCGCAGCCACAACAAGCUGUCGAGUCUACGAUUGAAGAGGAGCAAACCAUUCAACUUAAGCCCAGGAAGAAGAGUGUAAAGCCUUCGGUUGAAACUAUUGAAGAAACAGAGGUUGCAUUUAAACUGAAACCGAAGAAAAAACCGGAAGAACAAGUAGAAGAUGCUACAGUAACUCUAAGAAAACAAAAACCAAAGGUAGUCGAAGAGACGGCCGUUGAAGAAAUCAUCAGGCUGAAGCCAGUGGUUCAGAAACCAGAAGAAGUAGAGGAAGUUGAAGAAAGCAUCAAGCUACAAGCCAAACCGCAACCUUAUGUAACGGAUGAAGCUGAAGCUUCACUGAAAAUUGUAAGAGAAGCAUCUCCAGAGGAAAAACCGAAGAAAAAGGUAGUCAAGAAAAAGAAGGAAGAUGAUGUUGAUGAGAUUACUAAGAAACUGUUGGAAAUGGAUGUACCAAAGACUGAGCUAGAAAAAUACGAAAAAGUCGAUGUUGACUUCACGAAGAAACCGAAGGAGGUUGAAAAAGUGGCACCAGCUCCAGCUGAAGAAGUUGUUGAGCAUGUUGUCAUACGUAAACAGCGACCACGUCCUAAGCCAGCAUUCCGAAGAGAAGUUCUCGAUGAGGAAGAAGUAAGAAUCAAGAAAAUUAAAAAAGUCCGUCAACCGAGACCUGUCUUCAAGGAUAUUGAACCGCAUACAGUAACAUUCCAACCAAAGCGUGUCAAACAUAUCGAAGACAUUGAGCAGGAGUUCAAGAUUCAACUAGAUUCAUAUGCUCGAGAGGAGAUAUCGAUGACGGGAAGAGUAAAACUACCCGCUCCGUAUAGCUACGGUGAAGAAACUGGUGAAGCACAUAUAACCAUUAUCAAAGAAGUUAACGAAGAUGAUGAGGUUGUGUAUGAAGUCAUCUACGACGAUAGUGAAGUAGAUGUCGAAGAGGAUGAGUAUGAUCGCUAUGAAGAAGAAGAUGCCGAACACGUGGUCCUAGAGCUUCGCAAACGCCGCCAAAAGCUUGAGAGUCUCAUCGUGCACCAGGAGGAAGAAAUUUCGAUCGACCUGACCCGCCGCAAAUCGCAAGUCACACACGAAGAAGAAUCAUUCACACUGAAACAACAGAAGAAGUCAUUGGCAACAUACUCUGAAGAAACUGCGUCGUUGAAGAUUAUUCGCGAAGAAGAAGCCAAUGAAAUGUACUGCAUCCAACCUGUAGAAGCGGAGAAUGAAGAAGCGAUCCACUUGGUAGAAGGCGAAAAAGUCUACGUGAUCGAUCGCAGUAAUCCCGAGUGGUGGUUCGUCAAGCGGUCCUGGAGUGAGGAGCGUGGCUUUGCCCGACGGGAACUUCUGAUGGAUGCCGUCACCUAUCCCCAAUACGUGCAAAAGACUCUCAACGAAAAGAUUGACAAAUUGCCGAUCUUUGAGAAACCGGCUCCCAGCGAGAAACCACAGGCGCCGAAGAUCAUUGAAAAGCUACAGCCCAUCACCACUCAGGAUGGCUACACGGUGCAGUUUGAGUGCAAGGUCGAAGGCUAUCCUCGUCCGCAAAUUACUUGGUUCCGACAGACGGCAGUUAUCAAGCCAUCGCAAGAUUUCCAGAUCUACUACGAUGACGAUAACGUAGCUACGUUGAUCAUCCGCGAAGUAUUCCCAGAAGAUGCUGGAACCUUUACCUGUGUUGCUAAGAAUAUUGCCGGUUUUGCAUCAAGCACCACAGAGCUGAGCGUAGAUUCAUUCACGUCCGAUCAUGGAUCUGAAGUGGCUACCCUAUCGCGUAAGAGUAUGUCUCGUGAAUCGUCACUUGCUGACAUUCUGGAAGGUAUUCCUCCGACCUUCUCUCGCAAGCCGAAAGCGCAAUAUGUCGACGUAGGAUCAGAUGUGUUGUUGGAAUGCCGUCUUGUUGCUAUACCUGAACCGGAUAUUCAUUGGUUCUAUAACGGCACUGAAAUCACCACAAAGGGCAAUAUCGAUGUGGUUGUUGAAUCCGAUAUGCACAUGUAUUGCACAGUUGUUCAAAUACGGAAUAUCGACAAGAAACAGGAAGGUUCUUAUCAGGUCGUAGCUCGUAACCGUGAAGGUGAAUCGGCACUAGAUAUCACCGUAAAGGUCAAGACCGGAGUCCUGGAACCUCCACAGAUCCUUGAACCUCUCAAGAGCAUGAGCAUUCGCCAAGGAGAAACUGUAAUGUUGUCGACACAAAUUGUGGGUAACCCAACUCCUGAGGUUCAGUGGUUCAAAAACGGUGAAGUCCUUAAAACACCAACUCAAGCAGACAAAAACAUGUACACCGUUACCCUGCUUUCACCUACUCAUGAAAAUGCUGGUGAAUACACUGUCAAGGCCAAGAACGCUGCUGGCACUGUAGAGACGACCGCAUUCUUAACAGUGGAUGAAUCAAACGUAGGAAAUCCACAAGCUCCACUCUUCCUGGAACGAUUUGAAGAGCAAAGUGUCCCACAAGGCGGUACUAUCAAACUACCAGCUAAGGUAUCCGGCAAUCCAGUUCCAGAAAUUCUCUGGCUACGCAACAACAAUACACUCUUGACAUCUAAGAAGGUUAAGCAAGCCUACGAUGGGCAAAACAUUGAACUUACCAUUUCAAAUGCUGACUCGGAACAAGACUCUGGAAACUACAAAUGUAUCGCUUCCAACACAGUUGGAAAGGCAUCGCAUGGUGCACGAGUUACUGUUGAAGUGGAUAGAGUCACAUUCGUCAAAAAGCUGAAAAAGACGGUGACGGUUGAAGAAAGUAAAUCGGUAACCUUGGAGUGCGAAACUUCUCACACCGUUUCUACCAAGUGGUUCCACAAUGGCAAAGAAAUGAGCGGAAUGGAUCACCGAGUGAUCGUUCAAGAAGGUAAGGUACACAAACUGGUCAUCAAGAAUCCAACUAUCAAGGACACCGGCAUGUACCAGUGCACCGUUAAGGAUCAGGUUACCGAAUGCAGUCUUACGGUUCUCGAAGCUAAGCCAGAGUUCAUUCGUAAAAUGGAAGAUGUUGAAACCAAGGAGAAGCAAAAUGCCGUGCUUGAGGUGGAGAUCACUUCGGAAACGGCCGAUGUUGUUUGGUACAAGGAAGGCAAGAAAAUUGUCGAAGAGAAGGGCAAAUAUGAAUUCUCGAAGAAGGGCAAAACUCGAUCGCUUCUGGUGCGCAGCACAUCGGUGCACGAUGAAGGCGAGUAUACUUGCGCCUUAGCAGAUCAAGAGUGUUCAGCUGAAGUGGUGGUAAUUGAGCUUCCACCAGAGAUCAUUACUCCACUCAAGGACGUCACUGUAGCCCGAGGAGAGAAUGCCGUAUUCGACAUUGAACUGACCAAGGGAGAUGCGUUGGUACGGUGGUAUAGAGAUGACACAGAGCUAUCGUUCAACGGACACUACCAGUUGACGAUUGACGGCAAACGUCAAACGCUCAAGAUCAUAAAGACCGUCGAUGAGGACGCUGGUGUGUACAAAUGCGUCGUCGGAGAUCAGCUAUCUACUGCUAAGCUAACCGUUGAACGGCCAUUGGUUGACUUCGUCAAGCGUUUGCCAGAUGUAACCAUUGCUACCAAACAGACUGAUGCCGUAUUCGUGGUGGAACUUUCCGAAUCCGCUGAGGUGACUUGGUACAAGAACAGCAAGAAAAUUAAGGCCUCGAGCAAAUACGAGCUCAUUGCUGACAAGAAGGUGCGCAAGUUAAUUGUGAAGAACGUUACGGAAGACGACGAAGACGAAUACACCUGCACAAUUGCAAAUGUGAAGACUUCAUCCAAAUUGAAGGUUGAGGUAAUCAAGGUCGCCCCUACAAUCUUCGACGAUGGAUCACGAACGUACACAAUCCGCAAAGAAGACGACGUCACGUUCAACGUGAAGUUCAAUGCCACACCUAAACCGGACUCUGAAUGGUACGUUAACGAAAAGCUCGUGAUACCGUCACCACGAUUCGUGCCAACGAUCGGCGAAGAAACGGCCAGUUUAACGAUCAAGAAGGUGGUGGAAUCAGACGCCGGGGAUUAUACUGUUCGAUUAGUGAACGAGUGCGGAGACGCCAGUGCAUCAUUCACGUUGAUUGUUAAGAGACAACCCGGUGCUCCAGACGCUCCGGAAGCUACUCAAAUCACCGAUGAUUCAAUUACUCUAUUCUGGAAGUCACCUGAAGACAAUGGCAACAGUACAAUUACUGAGUACUUUCUGGAAUAUCAGGAGAAGAGCAAAAAGAAGUGGACCGAGAUUACCAAUAUCUCGGAAACGACCACCACAGUCACUAAGCUAACGAAGAAUUCCGAAUACACAUUCCGUGUGACAGCAGUCAACGAGAUGGGUAAGGGACCGGCGUCACCCAACUCACCGUAUUACAAGAUUGCCGCUCCAAUCAAGAAAGAAGCUCCGGUUGUGAGCGAGCACCUCAAGGACGUGCACAUCGGACUGGAUCAAACAAUUACACUGACAUGCAUCGUAAAUGGUGUCCCGACUCCAGAAGUAUCGUGGUAUCGCAACGGAACCGCUCAAGAGAAGACAAUUACUUAUGAGAACGGAGCCGCAAAGUACGUUAUUGUGAAAACUACCAAGGAAACUAGCGGUACUUACGUUUGCAAGGCAGUCAACGAAGUCGGUAGUGUCGAAAGCAGCUGUAAGGUAGUGAUAGAAGAGAAACCUACCAUUACAGUGGAUAAGAAACAAAUCGUUCAGAAGUUGCGCGUUGGAGACGAAUGGACUGUGGUGGCCAACUUUGAAGGUUAUCCAGUUCCAGAGAUCGUCUGGUACCGCGAAGAUGAGGUCAUCGAAUCUACGGCUGAACAUACGAUUGUGACCAUUAGCAAAUCGUCAACGAUUGUCAUUGGAAAACUGGAUCGCUCCGAUAGCGGGAAAUAUGUUGUUGAAGCCAGAAACUCUGCUGGAUCGGCAAGUGUUGAGCUACAGUUGAAGGUUAUUGACAAACCAAGCAAACCAGAAGGACCAAUUAUUGUGAAGGAACUCAGUCCUGAAGCUGUAGUUAUAGAAUGGAAGCCACCAGCGGAUGAUGGAGGCUUGGAAAUUUCCCAGUACUCGAUUGAAAAGUGCGAUGAUACCAACAAAAACGCAUGGAUCAAGGUUGCCGAUGUUCAAAAGAACAUCAAAUCUUACUGCAUUCAGAAACUUCUGGAUUCCACUCAAUAUCAUUUCCGUGUGAUUGCACAGAAUCCAAUCGGUUGUUCGGAACCACUGGAGAGUGCUACUAUUACUGUCAAGCAGGUGUUGGAGCCACCAUCUCCACCACGAGGACCAAUCGAAACUUCGGGUAUGACUAGCCAUUCGUUUACGCUAUCUUGGCAACCUUCGGAGCACAACGGUGGCAGCAAGAUCACCGAGUACAUCGUUGAGAUGAAGGAAUCCAAGAAGAAGGUGUGGAAGGUCGUCGGAAGUACCAGUGCAAGCGAAACGUCGUUAUUGAUCGAGAACUUGUCUGCGAAUCGAGGCUACGACUUCAGGAUCUUUGCAAAGAACAAGAUCGGAACGAGUGAAGCACUUCAAACGGAGGAAUCGAUAGUCGCUGGCAAGGAAAUAACUCCACCAUCUGCGCCACGAAACCUGCGCAUCGUCAACGUGACCAGCAAGAGCAUCAAGCUCGAAUGGCAGCAGCCGGAAACGAACGGCGGUUCGGAUGUAACGGGUUACGUGAUCGAGAAACGGCUCACCACCUCCCAGCAAUGGACCAAGAUCAAAACUCUGGACGCCACCUGUCUCAGUUACUGCGUCGACAACCUUAAAGAAAAGUCUGAACUAGUAUUCCGUGUGUUCGCCGAGAACGUCAUCGGGCUAAGUCCGCCGGCAACUUCCGAAACAGUUACACUGAAGUCCUAUGCCACGGUGCCUUCGCCCCCGACUGGACCCCUGGAGGUGCGCUACCUGGGUCCCAACAUCAACAUUGUCGAAUGGGGAAUUCCCGAGUCCGAUGGAGGUGCGCCAUUGGAGGGAUACAACAUCGUCAUUCGCAAUAUCAAGAAGACCAUGUGGAUGGAGGUUGGCCGGGUGUCGGCCGACUGUCAGUCGUUCAACAUCAAGGACCUAGCCGAGGACGAAGAAUACCUAAUACGGAUCAUCGCGCGCAACGAGGUCGGCAACAGUGAUCCGCUCGAGUCGGAGGAACCGUACAAGGCGCAGCUGGGAGCGGCUCCCGAAGAUACCCACGACGAAACGACGCGGGACUUCACGGAACCAUCCGCAACGAACACCUCCUCCUGGCUGAGGGAGCACAACAUGACCGCAGACAUUCACAGCUACGCUCGGCACAAGCUGCUGAGAAGGCGAGAGUACUUCUUCAAGUUGUGGGUCAACGCGAAAAACCUGUUCAAAUAAACCGCCUCGAGCGAUGACAAUUCCUUACUUGAAUUCAGCAAAAAAAAUAGCUCAAAUUCGUUAACUUUAUACUAAAUAUUGAAGAAGAAGAUGUAUACAUUUGAGAGCGUCGACGAUCCCGGAGAAAGUCCUUAAACCUAACUGUAACUACAUAGCCGAUAAGACGAAGCCCCCCCAUACAUGCCUAUUUUUACAGUGUCGAUAUUUUAUACACGAGUGCCCCCCCAGUGCUUUGCAGUUGUAUGUAAAUGUUAUCCCCAAUCAAUCAUUUUGCCGGUUGAAAGAGAAAACGACUACGAUUUGUUUCAUGUAACUGUGAUACAGAAAGAGAUUUUAUUGUAGAGAAAAAGAAACUAAACAAAGCCAAUUGCGCCACUCGCUACUAGAGCAAAAAUGCAACCAUAAAUGCAAAGAGACAAAAACGAAAGAGUUUCAAACCAAUUUUAGACACAAAAAAACGAAGACGAAGCGGAGCGAUUCCCCCACAAUGGGGUUCCCCGAGCCAACAAAAAAAUCGUAAAACAAAAUGUAUCAUACCGAAAUUGUUCUAUUGCAAUAUACACAUUUUGUAUGGUUAUAGUAUAUCAUUAUAUUUAGUAGUUUGUAAAUUUUCUAAAUGUUGGAACUCUCUGCGAAUAAACGAACCGACUGCGCAGCGAUUGCCAUCAGUUGGAGAUACCGGGCAAGACCAUCAACCUUCGAGGGCAGCUGGACAAGUCAACGAACCAAACCAAAAUCAGGGAGACGAUUAAUAUAGGUGCGUACAUUAAUCGAACAACUUCUACACAGACGGACUUGGGCUGCUUUCGGUAUCUCCGAGAGAUGCAGUUGAGGCGAAGAAACAGCAAAUUCGCAAGACAAAUACAUAUUUAUUCUAUGGAAAAUUUGAGUUUCUCUCAUUUUGCCUUAUAUUGAUUUGAAUCGUAGGAAACGACAUUUUUCUGUUCACCAGUAGUGUGUUUAAUAAAAUGAGAAACGAGUAAUACAAA